AUGAUAUCCAAAAGCCUCACCGCUGGAAUCGAGGUCUCUCGAAUGACGGACCCUCAACAUGCGUCUCAACUCUCAUCGAUCCUUAUUAAUGCCUUCUCUCAUGACGAGAUAUUCAAGAUAGAGUGCCCAGACGAGAGUUCCAUCAACGACAUGAAAACAGAAACAGAAUCCACUAUCGAAGCCAUUGUACAAAAUACCGGGCCAGGUGGUGCGUCGGUCUGGACAGCACAAACAGAGAGUGGCCAGAUUGUGGGGUAUGCCCAGUGGAAGCACGCCGUCUGUCUCCCCGACCAGGAUACCGAGCAGUAUGAAUGCUCUGGAUCUUUGCUUUCAGCCCCUGAGCUGUAUGGAAACCUUUCAGCAAUGAAAAGAGCCGUGCUGAUGAAAUCUACCCCAUUCCAUCUGCCUUUGACCACUGAGAGUGGGACCCGAGAGAGCUCUAUUGAGAUUUUCUGUAUGGCACUUGAGCCCAAGACAGUUCCUCCCCACGCGCGCCAUUCACCCAAUGGUACUCGGGGACCAAUGAAUGUUUGA